CGGCGCACGCGAACAUCCAUCCCCCUCCCUCCCGGAUCUCCUCCGCUCCCACCCUCCAUUCCCAAUCACGAGGCGCGCGCCCAGUGCUAGUGCAAACCCCCCACCCCAGCGCGUCCACCACCGCCGCCAGGCACGGCGAGCUCGCCCCCGGCCCCCAUGGAGAGGAGCAAUGAUGGCGGGAGCAGGAAGCCGCCGCCGCCGCCGGGGAGCAAGCCGGCGUGGCGGGACGGCGCCGUCACCUACUUCCACCUCCUCUUCUACAUCGCCAUCUCCGGCGGCCAGAUCUUCUUCAACAAGUGGGUUUUAUCCUCAAAAGAGAUCAACUUCCCCUAUCCAGUGGCACUGACUCUGCUGCACAUGGUCUUCUCAUCUGUAGUGUGCUUUGCAAUUACGAAAGUUUUCAAGAUCAUAAAGAUUGAGGAGGGAAUGACUACAGAUAUAUAUAUCAGUUCAGUUAUUCCAAUUGGAGCAAUGUUCGCAAUGACACUCUGGCUAGGGAACAGUGCAUAUCUCUACAUAUCUGUUGCGUUUGCACAGAUGUUGAAGGCAAUAAUGCCUGUAGCCGUGUUUCUCCUUGGAGCAGCAUUCGGCCUAGAAGAAAUGAGCUAUAAAAUGCUUGCUAUCAUGUCUGUCAUCAGCAUCGGAGUUAUUGUGGCUUCUGUUGGUGAAAUUACAAUUAGUUGGGUUGGAGUGGUUUACCAGAUGGGUGGAGUUGUUGCAGAAGCCUUAAGGCUUAUCUUCAUUGAGAUAUUUCUGAAGAAAAAGGGUGUCAAGCUGAACUUGAUAUCCAUGAUGUACUAUGUCAGCCCUUGCAGUGCUCUGUGCCUCUUUAUUCCCUGGUUGUUCUUAGAGAAGCCAAAGAUGGAUGAUAGUAUUUCGUGGAACUUCCCACCAUUCACAUUGUUCUUAAACUGCCUAUGCACUUUCAUACUCAAUAUGUCGGUUUUCCUUGUGAUAUCUCGGACUAGUGCACUGACAGCUCGUGUGACAGGAGUUGUGAGGGAUUGGUCUGUAGUUCUGCUGUCAGCUGCCAUCUUUGCUGACACACAGCUUACCUUCAUAAACAUAAUUGGUUAUGCCAUAGCCAUAGCAGGUGUUGUUUCAUACAACAAUCACAAGCUCAAGGUGAAACCUCAAGCAAACCCACAACAGGGUGAUGAGAACAAGGUAAACCCAGGAAACCGUCGAGAUGUGGAGAUAUCAAUGAACUCUACAAAAGAAGCUUCAUAGCACCAAGAGUAGCGAGAUUUUGAAACAGUUUUCUUUUUCAGAAAGGAGAAUCGCGCCCUCGCUUUUGUUGGGUUGGCCAGCUCUCCUUGGACUAUACGUUCUUUUUUCUUCCCGUGGAUCGUCAGGGAAGACAUUUUGUACAAUGAUAUGCUCAAGAAGUCAAGAUAAUACACUCCCAUCGCAUUUGUACUAUUGCUGCUCAAAACGGUGGGAGCUUGCCAUACAGAUGAAAUUAGGCCAUGUAAAUUUGUUGUAUUUUUGGAACUGCUGUAGCAACACAUCAGGUGCUCCAAAAGAGGCAGCCCUGAAUCCUCGUGUGUACUUGGUUGACUGGGGAUCAUGGGAACUAAUAUGUUACCUGUAUAUGAAGUAUGUUUGCAACUUGCAAGGACAAAUGUAACUUUGGCAGAUCAAGAAUGUGAAAUGUUGAUAGUUUAUUUGAAGCA